GUGGAUGAUAUGGUGGACUGGCCAGCCUCCUCGCUCCAGCCGCGGUCGCGUUGCGUAUCGCGUAGCGAAUAGCUAGUGGACUGCGCGACAAGAGAAGAAUACCAUGCAGCUCCUUGCUUAUAGGAGUAUCCUGCGAGGUGAUGUGAUGAGUGUUGCAGCGGACGGGCGUGCGGGAGCAUGCAAAGCAGAAGCGCCAGCGCAUCCAGGCUUGACUCGAGCAAAGUAUUCGUUGGACAGUUCCAGGUCGCACAAGACGAUUGAACUGGGAUCUGUGGACAGUCGGGAAGCCUACGCAUGCAGGUGACCUUGUUUAAUAUAAUGCGUGAUCGGGGCGGGAUGGAGCAAGGUCCCUGUUGAUGAGUAGAGAGAGCAAAGGUGGUGGAAG